AUGAGCGACUCUGACGGCACGGACGACGAGGCGAUGGACACCUUACCACUCCCACCUGUGAACACCGGUCGACAAACGCAACCUACUCAGAUCAUAGAUCGAGUCCCGCAAACCAUGUCUUCCUCACCCGCCAAAGCCUCAACCGGAUUUGUACAGGUUGCUGCAUCCUCCCCUAUCGCCACACCGACGGUGAAUCGCAAGCCUGCUAGCAUCCUUGCAAGCGUGAUGGCUCCCGCUGGCACUGCCUUCAGAAAACCAUUCGUUGCCGUUCAGCCACGGCCUCCAGCCAUCACUAUCGACAGCGACGACGAGGGUCCGACCUAUCUAGGGGGCUCUUCAGACAGCGAUGGACCAAGUGUGAGAUCGAAUGACAUCAAAACGUCUACGUUUGUGCGGAAGAACCACACCACGGAAAAGAUCCCAGAGUCCCCGCAAGUACACAACAACGGCCGCAGUCGUUUUAUGGAGAUUGCGGCGAGAUCUAUAUAUCAGUCUUCGCCAGAUCAGUCGCCUGGUUCCGCCGCGACCAAACGCUCCGCAGAUGUUAGUGCCAACGCAUAUGGAAACGUCUCCAAGAAACCCCGUCAGACCGGCCCAUCUCGCGCCCUACCAAUGUCGCCACCGAAGAAGCAACCCGAAAUGGAGUUGGAUGACAUCAGUGACUACAACAUGAGACAGAAAGUUAAGCGCAUUAUGUCCAUGGUCAGGUCAGUGUCAAUACGCGAAUGUUACGCGACCUUGCAAUCAAAACGUGGCAAUUUCGAUGAUGCUGUCACUGAAGUCCUGUUGAUGAGUGAGAAACGGCAGGAAAAUAACCCCAAAAAUGCAGUCGAUCUGACAGGUUCGGAGGACGAGUUGAUGCCAACUCCUGUCGCGAGGAAGCAUUCACCAAUGCCGCCUGGCAAUGCAGCCAGGCAACAGGCUAAGGCACCUCAGAGGUCUAUUGCAGAAAAAUGGAGCUCGACCCAGAACGUCAGGAAACCUUCAAAGGCAAUAGAUGUCUUUGAUACGCCGCCACCACAGAAGAAGCGAACGCUCGUGCGUGGUCGAAGACGCUCUUCUUCCUUGGCGCCAGAAGAUGAAGUCGCCAGACCUCCGUUGAAACCUAUCCUCAUUGCUGAGUCAGAGGAUUCCGAUGAGGCAGAGUCAGAAAUUAGCUCUGGAGGUGAGGACAAGAACUCAUUCCAAAGUCGUGUGCUUGAAUUUUUCAACACCUGUUCCGUCGCCGACAUGGCAGAUAUUGCGUCCAUCACUCGCGACGUCGCCGAACAUUUCAUCUCCCAGAGACCAUUCAAAAGCCUCAAUGAUGUUUCCAAAGUCCAUUCCCCUAACCUGAAGCCCUCCAAGGGGAGGAAGAAGACCGCCCCUCUAGGAGAGAAGAUACUGGACAAGGUUGAGACAAUGCUACAGAGCUAUGAAGCCGUGGACUAUCUCGUCAAGCAAUGUGAGAGUUUAGCCAAACCCUUGGCCACUGAAAUGAAAAACUGGGGCGUCAACUUAUAUGGCUCUCAAGAGGGAGAGCUCGAAAUCGUUUCACUGCAAGGGGCACAGCGAUCGAGUCACGAUUCUGGAAUUGGAACCCCAGUAAGUGACGAGGAUCGUGAUAUCGUCAAGAGACCGGCAUCCAAGUCUUUCAUUGGCCAGCCAUCAAUCAUGUCGCAGGACAUCCAGAUGAAGGACUAUCAAAUUGUUGGGGUGAACUGGUUGAAUCUCUUGUACAAGAGAAGUCUGAGCUGCAUUUUGGCGGACGAUAUGGGUCUGGGAAAGACUUGCCAGGUCAUUGCAUUUUUGGCCAACCUUCUCGAGCAGGGGCGAAAAGGACCGCAUCUCAUCGUCGUGCCUGCUGCAACUCUCGAAAACUGGCUGAAAGAAUUCAAGCGUUUCUGUCCGACUUUGAAUGUCGAGCCAUACUAUGCCACCAAUCCGAACGAGCGGGUUGCAUUGAGAGAGAACAUGGAAGCAGCUCGAGCCGACAUCAACGUGAUUGUUACGACAUACACUUUAGCUAAAGGCAAAGAAGACUUCCCUUGGCUGAAGAACUUCGGCUUCGACUGCACAGUGUACGAUGAAGGGCAUUACUUGAAAAAUGCGGAGUCUCAAGUCGCCAGUAAACUGGUCAGAAUACAGUCGAAUUUCCGCUUGUUACUCACUGGGACACCCUUGCAAAACAACCUGAAGGAACUCAUCAGUCUACUUGGCUUCCUCAUGCCUGCCAUGUUCAAGGAUAAGUCUUCCGAGCUGACCUACAUAUUCAAACAUAAUGUCAAGGCGAUGGACGACAACCACGAAGCAUUGCUUUCCAGCGAAAGGAUCAAACGCGCAAGAAGUAUGCUGACCCCAUUCAUAUUGAGACGGAAAAAAUAUCAGGUGCUGAAGGACUUGCCUAAAAAAGAACGCCGCGUCGAGUAUUGUGAUAUGACCCCUGCACAGUCAGAGCUGUAUCAAAUGUGCCUUGACAAAGCUUACAGUAUUCGUGAACGGAAAGAGAGGGGGGAGAAUGUCACGAACGAGUCGGCAAACAUACUCAUGAAACUGAGGCAGGCGGCAAUCCAUCCUAUGCUCUUCCGCAGGCUGUAUCCGGACAAGGUCCUGCCACGCAUUGCAAAACAAUGCUUAAAGGUUGACAUGUGGCGCGAAUCCAACCCUGACCUCAUCGUCAGGGAGCUUGAGGCUUAUUCCGACAUGGAAAUUCACGUCUUAUGCGACCAACACUCGGAGCUCAGACGGUUUGCACUCCAGAACGACGAAUGGCUAGACAGUGGGAAGAUUAAGAAGACGAUGGAAUUGCUACGCAAAUUCAUGUCGGAGGGUCAUAGGACGCUCAUCUUUAGCCAGUUUGUUAUGGUCCUCGACAUUCUCGAAUUAGUUCUUCAACACGAGGCUGUUGAGUAUUUCCGACUCGAUGGCAACACGAAGGUCUCUGAACGACAGGAUUUGAUCGACGAAUUUUCGGCCGACGACAACCAAACCCCUGUUUUCAUGCUCAGCACUAAGGCAGGCGGCGCUGGAAUCAAUCUCGCAAAGGCCAAUAAAGUCAUUGUCUUCGAUAGCGGCUUCAACCCUCAAGAUGACAUCCAAGCUGAAAACCGUGCUCAUCGAAUCGGCCAGGUCAAGGACGUCGAGGUGGUCCGAUUGGUCACCAGAGGGUCUGUCGAAGAGCAGAUCCACGCAAUGGGCCUGACCAAAUUGAAGCUUGACGAACAGGUUGCCGGUGAGGGGACAGAGGAGCAGUCGAGGCAAGAAGGCGAAGAUACAGACAAAGAGAUUGAAGGACGUAUGAUUGUGGAAGAGAUGCUUUUUCAAAAGCUCGACCAAGAGCCGAUCGAACAAGUCAAAGCCGAAGCUGCGAGCCCAAUCAAGACGAAGCCUACUGGAAAGAAGUAUGCCCAUGGCGAAGAACUAGAUGUGACAGACGGCAAGGAUAACACGUCGCACCGUCGUAGGGAAAGCGUUGAUUUACCGACACGAGAGAAGACUUGA